GACGCAUUGGAUUCUGUCUCUUUUCUGUGGCUGACUAGGCUUACAAGACAAGCACUUAUAAGGACAUUUUCUUGAAGGAACCUCAUUAAGUUUGCUUUCAGGAAGAACUAUGCAGAGGCAUCUCUGUCUUCUUUGGAAUUUGGCUCUUCUGGCUGUGGCCCAGGAUGUGACCCAAAAGGCCAAAGAAUUUUUGGAACAAUUUAAUCUACGCGUAGAAAACCUGACUUAUGAAAACUCACUUGCUUCCUGGGAUUAUAACACCAACAUUACAGAAGAGAAUGCCAAGAAGAUGAAUGAAGAGGGCUUCAAAUGGUCUACAUUUUAUGAAGAAGCAUCUCAAAAUGCCAGUGAUUUCGAUGUGAAUAUAAUUUCUGACGCCCAUGACAAACUCCAGAUUCAAUUUCUGCAGGACAAAGGAUCCUCGGUGUUAUCGGCAGAAAAAAAAAGCAAACUGAACAGAAUUUUAAAUACGAUGAGUACCAUUUACAGUACCGGCAUGGUGUGCAAACCGGAAGAUCCUUCUACAUGUUUGCCCCUGGAACCAGGUCUGGAUUUUAUAAUGGCCAACAGUACUGAUUACUCAGAGAGAUUGUGGGCUUGGCAAGGCUGGAGGGCUGACAUUGGCAAGAAAUUGAGGCCUUUAUAUGAAGGUUAUGUUGAACUGAAGAAUGAGGCUGCAAGGGGGAAUGGUUAUUCUGACUAUGGAGAAUAUUGGAAAGGGAAUUAUGAAACAGAUUAUCUAGAGGAAUAUCAAUACAGUCGUGAGCAACUGAUCAUUGAUGUGGAAGAAACAUUUAAACAAAUAAAACCUUUGUACGAGCAGCUGCAUGCUUAUGUGAGGAAUAAUCUGGAGAAAAUAUAUGGCUCACACCACAUUGACUCAGAAGGAUGUCUUCCUGCUCAUUUGCUUGGUGACAUGUGGGGUAGAUUCUGGACAAAUUUAUAUCCCUUAAUGAUUCCCUACCCAAAUAAAACAAACAUUGAUGUUUCUUCUGCAAUGGUUGAAAAGAACUGGAAUGUAACAGCUAUAUUUAAAGCUGCUGAGGAGUUUUUCAUCUCAAUUGACCUCUACAACAUGACAGAGGGCUUCUGGAAAAAUUCUAUGCUUGUGGAACCUAAAGAUGGACGGAAAGUUGUCUGUCAUCCCACAGCCUGGGAUCUGGGAAAAGGAGACUACAGGAUCAAGAUGUGCACUCAAGUGACUAUGGAUGACUUCUUGACAGCACACCAUGAGAUGGGGCACAUUGAAUAUGAUAUGGCCUAUGCCCACCUUCCUUAUCUACUAAGAAGUGGUGCCAAUGAAGGAUUCCAUGAAGCCAUAGGAGAGAUCAUGUCACUUUCUGCAGCCACUCCAACCCAUUUGAAAUCCCUCGGUCUUUUAGAUCCUGACUUCCAGGAAGAUAAUGAAACAAAGAUCAAUUUUCUACUCAAACAAGCCCUCACUAUUGUUGGAACUAUGCCUUUCACAUACAUGCUAGAGAAAUGGCGGUGGAUGGUGUUUGCUGGCACGAUCUCAAAAGAACAAUGGAUGAGAAAAUGGUGGGAAAUGAAGCGAAAGAUAGUGGGUGUUGUUGAGCCAUUGCCUCAUAAUGAGGCAUACUGUGAUCCUGCAGUGCUCUUCCACGUGGCCAACGACUAUUCUUUUAUAAGAUAUUACACAAGGACCAUUUAUCAAUUCCAGUUUCAAGAGGCACUUUGCAAAGCUGCUAACCACACAGGUCCUCUUUAUGAAUGUGACAUUACUAAUUCCACAGCAGCUGGCCACAAGUUGCGAGACAUGCUUGCCUGGGGAAGAUCCGAGCCCUGGACCAAAGCUUUAGAAAGUGUGACAGGAGAAAAGAGAAUGAAUGCAACUUCACUGCUUCGCUAUUUUCAGCCUUUACAAGAAUGGCUAGAAAAGAACAACACCAACAGAUACGUUGGUUGGAAUACAGCCUGGUCUCCAUAUGUCAACAAUUCAAUCAAAGUGAGGAUCAGCCUGAAAGCAGCACUGGGAGACAAAGCGUACAAAUGGGAUGAAAAUGAAAUGUAUUUAUUUACGGCAACAGUUGCCUAUGCCAUGAGGACGUACUUUUUGCAGGUCAAGAAAGAAAUAGUAGAAUUUCGAAGUAUAAAUAUUCAUGUAUAUAAUGAGACACAAAGAGUCUCCUUCAGCUUUAUUGUCACCAUGCCUAAUGGCUCAGAUAUCAUUCCCAAAUCUGAAGUAGAAGCAGCAAUCAGCAUGUCUCGUAGGCGCAUCAAUGAAAUUUUCCAACUGGAUGACCAAACUUUGGAGUUUAUUGGCAUUGCUCCAACACUGGCACCACCUUACACACCUCCAGUCACAGUGUGGCUGAUAUUGUUUGGAAUUGUCAUGGGCAUUGUUGUGGUUGGGAUCGUUGUCUUGAUCAUCAAGGGACAGAGAAGCCGGAGACGGAGAAGAAGGGCAAUUGGAAAUGAAUUAUCCCAAACAACAUCAGUCAGCUCUCAUGACAACAGGGAAGAAAACAAUCAUGGCGACAGUGGAGAAAAGAAUCCAGCCUAUUUACAAGAUGACGAGUGCAUAUCAACAUUCUAAAAAAAAUGAUAAUUCAUGUCUCUUAUUUAUGAUUGCACGUUAGUGCCAAUAAUAUUAUGUAAAAGGGGCCCCAAUUCAUGGAGAUGGCUUUACCCAUUAAGGCCCUGUGUUUAGUAGAGAGGAAUGCCAGGACACCACUAGACACGUUAUGUGUGCUUAGCUGUAAAACAAUUUAGCAGUACCAGUUACUUUUACCUUGUGUUGAUCAAGGUAGCCUGAACCAAAGAGCUAUCCAUCAGUUCUGUCCAACCUUGGAAUAGGUGAUAGACACUAAAAAAAUGAUAAGACCAGCUAUUUAUUUAGCCUUGCUCAUUUGGUCCCCUACCCAGUCCAAGGUCAGGAACCACAGAUAUAACUCUGAGUGCUCGAUGCAGAAAUUCAGCUCUAGUAUCCAGAAGUCAUUUUCUUUCAACAAUCCUGAUUCGAUAGAAUAUGCAUCCACAGAACUCUGUGUUCAGCACCUCUCAUGUCCGGUGGCCCUGCCCCUGAUCAGACAGAGAUCAGUUCCCCUGGAGGAAAUAGUCGUUUUGUAAGGGGGACCCGUGCAUUUCUCCCUCAUUUCCCUCUUGAGAGUUCCACCAGCUCUUUUCCCAGAAAAAAAGCCCUGGGUGCAACCAUGAAAAGGGUACCACAGGAGGUAGAGCCAGCCACUAUAUGUCAGGGAGGGAAUGGGUAACUGAUAGUAAUGCUUCAACAUUGUAGUCAGAAGCUGUGCUUAACAGAAUGUCUUUUAAAAUGAGUAUAUUAUUUAAAAGUAUUUUCUUGCAUUCAUACAGCUAACCUUCAGUCACACAGUGAAGAUCCUUGUUCUGUGCUGGCAGUUGCUGCUGAAAGCAAUGAUAUUUUUAAAAAAAAUCUGCUCAGCCAAUCAGAUCUCCAGUGGCCAAUCAGAAGCCCUACUAGGCAAAAGUGGCCCUACCCACUUUCUAAAAACACGCAGUGGGCACCAGGAAAGGUGUUGAUGGAUGCCAUAGUGACCAUGGGCACCAUGUUGGGCACCCUUAGGAUGAACAGCCUUGACUGAAUUCCAUUUAAAAUAAGUGCCACUUUUUAAAGGACAAUUCUUACUUCUGCAAAUGACACUUUGGUGUUAAAGUCAAUUUGACGGUUCUUUUUCAAAUGGUAAUACUUUUUUCUUCUUUUAUCUAAUGUUCACAACUACUGACAUACAUUUAAAAAAGUGGUGGCCAAAAUGUAUUUCCAACUAUGCAUGUUUUUUAAAAGUCCAAUUUUCUUUUCUGUUGGAAAGUCUCAUGUCUCAAGAUCUUUCAAGGGCUAACAGGCUUUGGAUAAAAAAUUUUAACGGUACGUAGGAGAUGCAACAUAUUUAGCAACAAGUCUCUGACAGCUGCCGUGUUCAAGCAGAUGAUCUUAACUAAGUUACUGCCAUAUACAGACUACUUUUACAGAGGAAUCCUAAGCAGAGUUAUACCCUUCUAAGGGUCAAGCUAGACGUGAAAAUUUUUAAAGAGUUGGGUCUGGGUUCCCCAGACCCUGCAGCCACAUAGCAGCUGUGGGGAAUGGCUGUUUAAAAAUAAAGGGGAACCCAAAUGCUCUUAGAACACUACCACAGGGGAAGGAAAAGUUCCUACCUUUCCGCCAAGCCAUUUCUCCAUGUCAAAACAGUAUGGGGGAAGGGUAUUUCUCUGUUUUUACUGUUUCACGUGCAGCGAAUAAAAUCGCAUGGAGCAACAAAAACAGAGACCCCGCCCCACUCACUAUUUUGGAAAAUGGCUUGAGGGAGGAGCCCUUCCUUCCCCUGCAGGGGUGUUUCCAAGGCCAUUUGUGCUCUCCUUUAGUUUUAAACAGCCAUUCCUCACAACUGCUUUGUCACUGAGGAGAACCCAAGUUGGGUCUGGGUUCCCCAGAGCCAGCUCUUUAAAAACUUGCAUGUCACACUUGACCCAGUUCCUCCCCCUACUCCAAUAAUUGUUUUGAACUUUUUUUUAAAGGGGAGGGGGAAAUUCUCCUGCAUCCCAUCUGUUUAGAUCUCCUGCAUCCCAUCUAAUUAAUCCGUUAUUUGUGAGGAACGUUGCUUCAUAAAGCCAUUUGAUUGUAACUUUCUCUUUUGUCUUUUGUAUAUUACACACUGUUUUACCAUGUUAAAACAAUAUAACUGUUCAGAUUACAGAGCUAAAUCACUG